CAGAGACUCCUCCAGUGAAAAGCAAAGAGCACAACUGGAAAUAUCUUCACACUCCACAGGUUUCAUCCAGCAGGUUACAGUUUUAAACUCAACUUUUCUUCCACGUUGAUGAGAAACAACAGAAAGUUUAUGAACCAGCAGAUCAAACAUCUGUCCUGAUGAUCUUCAUCACUUCACUGAUGUUUAUUCAUCCUGAUUAUUACAAGCCUGAUGUUUUUGAUCCUGGCUGUAUAGUUUUAUCACCACAAGGAUGAAGAUGAUCUCCAGCAUCCUGCUGCUCCUCAUCCUCAGCUCAUGUCUCUGUGCAGCAACAUUUGUAGUGAAUGUGACACAGAGCAGCUAUCAGGCAGAGGAGAACCACAGCAUCACUCUGGAGUGGACCUUCACCAACAAGACUAACUCCUCUCCUUCCUCCCUCUUCGUCUUCUGUAAAUUAAGACAGAAUCAGACGGAUUUUGUCAUUUAUCAUGUAUUUAUGGGUGUGGAAGCUUCUUUAUACCUGGACAAAAGAUUUACAGGACGAGUCCAGAGUGACAAAGACGUCCUCAGAGAAGGACGAAUCAGACUCCAUGUGUCCAGACUGAGGACUGAAGACUCUGGUCUGUAUCAAUGUCAGGUCAACACAGAAUAUGGAUGGAGCUCUGCCAGCCUUCAACUGAACGUUAAAGAAGCUCCGGCUGUCGGACCCACAGUGAGAACCGAACCAGAGAGGAAAGAAACCUCCCACCUUGGACAGAUAUUUAUUCCUUUGGUUCUACCUGUUCUGAUCUUUGGAAUUAUUUUAUUUAUCAGAAAGAGGAAAAGAAAAAAUCUGAUGAGGAUACAAAACAUCAGAUCCACAAACCUUGAGGACUUUAAUCCUGUUUGACAUCAGUUUUAAUCUGAACCAACAAAACUUUAAGACUCUUCAGGGUUUGGCUGAAACAGACGGAUGUUAUUCCUCCACUUUUCUACAUCUUCAUAAAUUAAAACUGAUAAUCAAAAUACAAGCCCAAGAGAAUAUAAUACAUACCUAUUUAUUUUUAUAGUCGAUUCUUAUGUUUUAAUAUUAUUUUGUUGAAAGGUUCAAGUCUUUGUUUAGUUCAACUUGAGCAGAAAAACCAGUUUGUAACCUGAGAGUUAAACCUUCAUGUUGCUACCAGAAACAGCUCCUCCCUGUUUCCAGUCACGAGUGAUGAAACAAAUCUGAUGCAACAAAUGCAGAUAAUAAACUCACCUACGGGACUUUCCUCAUUCUCAACGAAGCUUCAGUCUCUGCCUGAUCGUCUCUCCUGCUGAAAACAUUAAUAAUCACAGUGAGGAAAAUCGGCUCACUGCUCCACUACAAAUUCACACCUGAAAGCGAUGAAUCCAGAGAAAGAGCUGCAGUCACACCUGUUCUUCUACUUUGGUUCACGUUACUACGAGCUCUUGGAUCCCGGCUACAGCUGACAAACGGAAACAAACCAAAAGGUCUGACGUCUCCUGGAAAAACUGCAGAAACGCCUUUUUGGUUUUUGUUCUUCUGAUAUUGAGAAAAUGAGUUUGCUCUUCUUCCUUCUUCACCUGACCUCCACUGUACAGGGAAUAUUUACAGGUGAAACGCCUCCAGCUGUUCACGAAACAGAAGAAGACGACAACUUCACCCUCGGCUGGGACAACCUGACCCAAACCAACACGACCCUCACCAGAAUGAUUUGUUUUCUCCUACUGAGUCCUCCUAAAGUCCUCUAUCAAAAGAUAAAUGGAGCUGAGGUCCCAGCGUCUCAGGAUGGACAGUUUUCAGGACGAGUUCAGAGUGACGGGAGAGAAGGGCGACUCAGACUCCACCUGUCCAGACUGAGGACUGAAGACUCUGGAAGUUACCGCUGUGACCUGGUUGCUUAUAACCAGGUGUUGAAGAAAUGGGAGCCGCAGACUUCAGUGACGUUUGUCCUGAACGUGACCAAAACCUCUCAUGGAGACAAGUCUGCGUCUCUGAACACACCAAAGCUUCCUCUCAGCCCUGCUCCAGGAAAACAAAAGCUUCAAAUAGACGGGGUUAUAAUUGGCACUGUACUAGUUCUCUUGCUACUUGUUGCAAUUCUGGCUUUGAGACUUUUUAGAAGACAACGUACAGGUCUAAUCAGAAAUAUGGAUGAAUUAGAGGACAUAGAAAUUAUCGGGAAUGAUUUUAAAGAGAUGAACCUGAUGGUCAACCACUGAGCUGAUCAUCUUCCAUCCACAUCUGCUCCAGAUAUUCAUCAUUUCAUCUCCUUGAUUUUUGGCUUGAGAUUCUUCUAACAUAUUACCAUCAGUUUAUAGAAUAGAAACUGUCUAAGUGUAUUUAUUAACCCCCAAAUGGUACAUCCUGACAAUUUCCUUCUUCUCUGAUCAACUUUGUUGCUGUUUCAGACAUUACGUGGAAUUUUGCAAAACUGAAAUUAAUCUAUAAAACCCUGUGAUGGGUUCCAAUGUCAAUUGAAACGUCAAUGUGUGUUUAUAUUUAUGCCACUGAAUUAUUUAACCAAAUAUAAUUACUUAUGUUACUGCUAAUAUUUGAUGUACGUUAUGUUUUAUGGUUUGCUUUAAAAAUUAAAAUGAAGAAAAAAAAAUCAUCUUUCUGAAU